AGCCGUGGCACGCUGUACUGGAAGUGGAGAGAUUAAUGCAAGUCAAUACUUGGAGGGCAGAGCGGCGGCAUGACGGAGGAGAAAUGUCCGCAGCUGGUGGACUACUUUGUGGUGGCGGGUCUGGACCCCGUGGGGGCCUGGAAGCCGCUGGACGAGGACGGGAAGACCUCCUCUUCCUCCUCCUCCUCCUCCUCUUCCUCGGGCCGGGCGGUGGAGUCGGUGACGGACCUGGCGGUGAUCGCGCGGGGUCUCGGGGAGGAGGUGCCGGAGGGCUUCACCUGCAUCGAGAGGACUCUGGGAGGACACAGCGCGGAGCUGAGCGCCGGCAUCAUCAACAACCCUCACCUGUACCUGUGCUACCGGCGGGGGCGGGACAAGCCCCCCAUCCUCGACCUCGGGGUGCUGUAUGAGGGGAAGGAGCAGCUGAAGCCGGGCUGGUUCGUGAUCGAGACGACGCCCUACAGCCGCUCUGCAUCCCUGAGCUCGGGAGGGGGCCCCACGGCGCACCGGGUGUUCCUGAUGUACCGCCGGGCGCUGGACUCUCAGGGCCUCCACACGCUGGGCGUCACAGACAUCGCCCUGCUGCUGCCCGGCAAGGCAGAGGUCGCCCCGCACACCUUCUGCCGCGUGGACAAGAACCUCAACACCGGCAUGUGGGGUCCGGCUCUCUACGUGUGCUUCAAGCGAGCCGUGGCCAAAGCCAACGCCCUGCUGUACGAAGCCA